UCAUACGGUCUGUCACGGUUAGCUAGCUAGCCAACGUUAGCCACUUCAUUUCCUGAAUCAAUGUAACUUUAGCUCAGGUUAGCUGACAGAUUGCUGCAGCGUUUAUUGGUUUAUUGACAUCGAUUCGCUCGAUAUAUUUCUUUGAAAGCAGCACAGCCGGACCUCAGGUCAUGGAGUUUGCAGAGUUGAUAAAGACCCCCAGGGUGGAUGGGGUUGUCCUACAUCGGCCUUUCAUGCCCACUGUGGAGGGGACCCUGUGUUUGACUGGGCAUCACCUGAUUCUCUCCUCCAGACAGGACAACACUGAGGAACUGUGGCUGCUUCACUCAAACAUUGACUCUAUAGAGAAAAGAUUUACGGGGUCUCUGGGAAGCAUCAUAGUCAAAUGUAAAGACCUGAGGGUGAUCCAGCUCGACAUUCCUGGCAUGGAGGAGUGUCUUAACAUUGCCAGUUCUGUUGAGGCUCUGUCCACGCUUGACCUACUCUCCCUGAUGUACCCGUUCUUCUACCGGCCCAUGUUUGAAGUCAUAGAAGACGGCUGGAAUUCAUUUCUCCCAGAGGAGGCCUUUAAAGAUUUGGAGUCCAUGACAGAUGAGUGGAGACUGAGUGAAGUCAACAAGGACUUCAGUGUCUGUUCCUCAUACCCCCCUCUAGUGGCAGUGCCCAAAGAUGUUGACGACGACACACUGAGGAAAGUAGCUACCUUCCGUCACGGCGGCCGUUUUCCAGUACUUAGCUACUACCACAAGAAGAACGGCAUGGUGAUGAUGCGAGCAGGGCAGCCUCUGACAGGGACCAAUGGGCGACGGUGUAAGGAAGACGAGAAGCUGAUCAAUGCCACGCUGCGACCGGGCAAACGUGGCUACGUCAUCGACACGCGCACCAUCAAUGUUGCCCAGCAGGCCAAAGCUCGAGGUGGAGGGUUUGAGUCUGAGGCCAACUACCCCCAAUGGAGGAGGAUUCACAAGGCAAUUGAAAGGUCCAACAUCCUCCAGGAGAGCCUGAUAAAGCUGGUAGAGGCGUGUAACGACCAGUCCCACAGCAUGGACCGCUGGUUAAGCAAGCUGGAGGCUUCCAACUGGCAGACUCACGUCAAGGAGAUCCUCACCACGGCCUGCCUGGCGGCCCAGUGUAUCGACAGGGAGGGAGCGUCGGUGCUCGUUCACGGCACCGAGGGGACAGACUCCACCCUGCAGGUGACCUCCUUGGCUCAGAUCAUCCUUGAUCCGGCCUGCAGGACCAUCAGAGGCUUCCAGGGCCUGGUGGAGCGAGAGUGGCUUCAGGCGGGUCACCCAUUCCACCAGCGCUGCGCCAUGUCGGCCUUCUCCAACAGCAAGCCUCGCCAAGAGGCUCCGGUCUUCCUCCUCUUCUUGGACUGUGUGUGGCAGAUCCUUCGCCAGUUUCCAUGUUCCUUUGAAUUCAGCGAGAGCUUCCUAGUGCUGGUCUUUGAACACGCCUAUGCGUCUCAGUUCGGCACCUUCCUGGGCAACAAUACAGCUGAGAGAACCAAACUGUCUCUGCCUGAGAAGACUGUGUCCCUUUGGUCGUGGGUUAACCGGCCCCAAGAACUGGAGCGUCUGACCAACCCGCUCUACGAGGCCAACAGUCUUGUGAUCUGGCCCUCUGUGGCCCCUCAGAGUCUGCUGCUGUGGGAAGGAGUGUUCCUCCGUUGGAACCGCUCCUCCAAGUGUUUGGACGAGGCCUACGAGGAAAUGGUACAUAUAAUUGAAUACAACAAGGAGCUUCAAAACAAAGUGAACAGCCUGCGCAGGCAGCUGGCCCAUCUGGAAACUGAAGAUCCUCUGCUGCAGACGCCAUAGAGAGGGAGAGAGGGAGAGAGAGAGGGAGAGAGAGGGAGAGAGAGAGAUUGAGAGCUGUGAAAGGAAGCCAGAUGGAUGAAAGAGGUAAACAAUGUGAAAAUAUAACAAAGUACAUUAACGGGAUCAAUGUCCCAGUUUUUUUGGCUUUGGUUAUGUUCUUCUCAGAUACGUGAGAAUGUAUAAUUCAAACUGUUUUAAUUUAGUUUUUUUUUGUAUAUGAUUGAUGAUGAAAUAUUUUGGUUUCCCUCACAGAAAAAAAAAAAAAGAAAAUGAAAUGACAAGGCACUAAACCCAUAUUACCUUCAAAAUCAACCGCUCGUUCAUGCAGAUAUCGUUCACACGGUUUAUAUGACUGAAUGGGCUGACAGAGGGCCCUGAUUCAUAAAAACAAAUGUAAACAUCUUGUUUACCCCCCCCCCCCUUCCGCCGCACGUCUCACACUCACUGACAUUCAGGGACCUUCUCCGAUUUCUCAAUCCCGCCGUAUUUUUUGGGCAUUGAUCCGAUUCAUCCUGCUGAAUGUAUAGGCCGCUGAAGAGUAACUAUGGCAACAUAUAUGGUGAUAUAAGGCAGCGUGUGAGAUGAUGUAAUAAGCGUAGGUAGUGCUGUACGAUGGGGGGGAGGGGAGGCUUUGUUUGAGAGGGAUCUGAACACGAUAUCUUGUAUGUUUAUCUGAUCAUUACUUGACAUUCCAUGGCUGGAGGUACUCCACACACACACUUGUAAAAAUGUUAGCUCACCUGCUUAUGUUUUUCCAAUCUUAUUAAGCGUCAUAAAAAAAUGUAGUCACAUAUGUAACACUGGCCAUGUUGGUCAUAUGAUUGAUGAUCACGUGGAGGUUUGUCUGCUUAUGAAGUAAAAACAUUGUAUUUAUGUGAGAUAUUGCUUUCAAGACCAAUUUAUAUUUUGGUAAUUAGAGUUCUAUAAUAGUUGUGUUCAAGCACAUUAUUAAAUGAAAUGCAUAUCUGCUGUUUUCUAGUUUAAGAUCCAGAACUGAUGCACUUUGUGUGAAAGGCAUGUACAACAUCAGAAAGUACGAUUAGAAUUCUUCAAGCAUACGUUUUGUUGUCAGUAUUUACCAGCUGUCGCCAUAUUAGACAAUAUGACUUAAUAUUAAAACGUUCAAACAUGUCGACAUAUAUCAACAAACUCAAGCUAUUAGACUACAAAUGACACGAACAGUAUUUCACUUCAGUGUCGAUGUCUUGCAUCCGAAGUGAUUCUUUUCUUCGUACUGUGUAGUCCAUGACCAGGACAGUCACAUUAAAACACUGUCGUUUAUUUGCACUCAGAAGCAGAUCAACUUAAAGUCUGUGGGCAUAGUGACGUGAAGAUCAUCUUUCAAUGCUGUCAAUGGGCGAAGGUAGCUGCCAUUUGCAUAAUACUAUUAAGAAAGCUGUAUGCUGCACUUUAAAUACAACAUAAAUGGCAGUUUUGGGGGUUAAAUUAAAUCCACAGUGGUCAUCCUUGGCCAGUUUAGUUUGUUUUGCCAGCAAGAAAUUGCAUUUUGUUUACUUGUGUCUGUCAUCGUGAUACAUUUAAUCUGUUUUUGCUUCAAUAAUGAUUUGAUGAUCACUAUACUGAACUGAUUCCAGCCACUACAUUAAAAUGCUUUAUAAAGGGAAAGUUGUUUAUAGCUGCACGAUAUACAUGUUUUCCUUUUGCCAAAAAAAAACUACUACACCGUACCUACCGUUGCUUUGUGUGUGUGUGUGUGUGUGUGUGUGUGUGUGUGUGUGUGUGUGUGUGUGUGUGUGUGUGUGUGUGUGUGUGUGCAUGAAUGGAACAAUGCAUUGUAUCAAGGGGAAGGUUAGAUUUACAAUUGUGCAAAUUUGCUGUGCUUGCAUUAUGCUUAAUGUUAUCCCUUAUAAAUGAUUGUUGCUCUACGGUGUUUGUGCAAUGCCAUACUGCAAAAUCAUAACGCAAAAUGUACUUUUAAUUACUUUUAUCAAUGUUUCUGUAAAAUGAUAUUAUUGUUCAAAAGAUUAAAUGGUUUUUUUUAAAGUUUCAAGCCAUUAUUAAAGACUACAGCACAAAA